AUGUUGGGUGUCGGUUCUUAUAAUUCUUCUAAUUUGUUUUAUUCCAUUCUUAUAUUGCCUUGGCUACCGUCUUGCAUUACCAGUGGUUCUGUUGCGUGGUCAGUCAGCCCACUUGCAGCACCUAUGUCCCCUACUCAACCUGUUUCAGUACCAACCCGGGCUCUGCCCUCAUCACUGCUCGAGGCCAGGGUUGAGUCAGCCACCCUACUAACACCAAGAGAGCCUGCUCCAGUGCCUGGAGCCCUGGCAGGGAUACACCUCAGCCAUCGCCCGUCAACUAGCGGUGGGCAAGCCAGCAGCGGUCAUGACAGCGGGGUCCGUCUUUGCGACAGUUCGGGCGAACUUUCUUCCCUACAUAAUGACUCUGCUGGUAACAAUUCAGAGACGAUUACCCAAGCCUCCGAUAAAGCCUCACAUUCCGCCAAAACGCCUAAUUGGAUGACUGAAAAUGUGUCUGCCACUCAGCUACCCUGUUUACCAGUGAACACAGCCCUGCCCAACGUCUGA